CGCAACUGUAGCCCAUCCAACAUGGGACAUUCAUGAAUAGGUAUGUUUGAAGAAUAUCUGCUAAUGACUCUUAGAACUCGAGUUUCUUCUCGCGAUGGCCUCAACAGAUCCUGCAAAUGAUCCACACCCACGCGAAACCCGGUAUCUAUCAGAGAAAUUCUCGAACUUUGUGUACGGCGGCAAGUACCCCGAUGAACAUGGUACCUGGGACUUGUUGAAGUCUUAUUCCAUCGUCAAAAUACUAAGGUCUGUAACCACAAAUCCUCGUUUUUUUUUACUACAUCUGACGAUUGAUUUUUCUUGUAAUAGGGUAUUGCGACGCGCGGGCUUGCCUGCGGCCGAACCUGAUACUUUACACGAUAUGAAAUUUGACGUUUCAGAGUCUGAAUUCGAGGAGGAGAAAGCAAAUUGGCCGGGUUUCAUAAGUGAAUAUGAUUUUAAUGUACCACCCGAAGCUAAUAUGGAUGUCGCCGGCGCCUACCAGGCAUACGCAGACCAAUUGUUCCAUGACUGGAAUGGGAAGUGCAUAAAUGCCCGUGCGAACAUGAAAGGGUUGACCGAGGAAUAUUUGGAUAACCUAUGGCUAAGAGUAGCCAGCGUUCUUAGAGACCCGCCUAACCUUUGGAAUGACGAAGUAAACAUUGGCAUGGUCUGCGAUAAGUUCACACAGAGAGUGCGCGAGGAGAAAACUAGCCUGAAGGCGAGCCACUGGAAUGACCUAGAGAAUGGAGUAGACCCCGACUUUGUCCCCGCGGCUGGUUUACAGGAUAGAUACCGGGCGUGGACUGUCGUACAAGAUGUCUCGGUAAAUGGACAUGGGAUGGGUCCUUGGCGUUAUCAGAUAUCGGAGCUCCGAAGAGGUGAAAUCCCAAUGGAGGUAUACCGGUGGUUUGGGGCAGAAGUUGUCAGCCCUGUUCUGCCGCAGAAUGCACCAGAAACGCCCGACAAGAUACGACGGGUUUGCGCAACCCUUCGGAAUUAUUUCCGUAUUCACAAACCUAUGGAGGUUUCCACGGGACUCCACGUCCAUCUUGGCCAUAAGCAUGGCUGGAACUUGUUACAAGUCAAGAGAUUCGUAACGUUAUGGUAUCUGUGCGAACGGGCCCUUAUACAUUGCCAUCGAAAGGAUAGGGACGGCCCUAAAAUGUUUAUGUGGUGCGCUUCGAUGGGCGAGGGCACUAGACUGGCAGCAUACCUUUUCCAUAUUGACCAACUCACCCGACAAGACAACGAAUGUGAACCGCGAACAACGCCGACAAAAAAAGAAAUAGACUUGGGGGUCAUGAGAUCGCAUGUGGUACCGAUUAACCUUAGCGCAAAGCAAAGAGAAUUCCUUGAAAAAGUUUGGACAUAUACAACAAUAUCGGAAUUAAAUGGGGCACUAUGGGGUCGCAGUGCACCGGGAGUAGAAUGCAUUACAGCGGCGCGGAUGCGGCUGUCUGGCCAGAAGACGAGCUACAGCGCGGAUUACUCUCUCCCUCAGACUAUAGAGAUUAGAACGAUGCAUGGGACACUUGACGGCAACCACGUAAACCAUUGGAUCGCAGUCUUAAGGCGCAUCAUGCAUUAUGUGCGCAACGUUCCCGCUGUGGAAUUUCAAGAGUUGACUACUAGAAUCCUCGAUGAGAUUGAGAACGAGACCCUGCUCUGGCGAUUGCUGCAGAUACUCGAUGUGCCAGAGGAGACGCGCAAAUUCUACGCGCACCCUUUUAACAGGGUUUACGACAUCAAUACCAGAGGAUCAUGGUUCACGUAUCCCGAUAAGGAUAUAGUCGAUUGGGCAGACCCGUUUAUGGAGAGAGGCCACGCUGGAACACACGGGAAUCACUACGACGAACUAGCUCCGUACCCGUAGAUGUCGACGGGAGCAUAUGAAAAUAACUGUAAGAUAGCAGGAUAGGUUAAACUAACAUUUAUAUAGAAUUAUGUACGUAUUUAGCUGUAAUGGAAAAGGGAUUCCAAUAUAUACUAC